AUGUCCAUAUUUAUAUUUUUGACAGAUGCUUUCUUUACAUGUCGAAAGAAUGUGCUUCUGCCAAAGAGCACACCCAUAGACGGCCUCUCUGCUCCAGUCGGUGGGAAGCCAGGCUCGGAGGAGCAGCAAGCCCUGCUGCAGCAGUGGCUGGAGAAGGGGGCUGGGGGGCUUUGCUCUAAUGAGAGGGCUUCAGAACCGGACCAAGUGCCAGCCAUUUCGGCGGUGGAGUGGCAAGAAGGCCCAAAGCUACUGAUGACAAGUUUAAGCAACUUGAUUGUCUCGCCACAGUCUAGUGGCCAAGAGGAGGAAGAGGAGCAACAGCUGCAGCAGCUGCAAGGGGUCCCAGCUGAAGGAUCUUCUGAACUACAGGAAUUUGUAGAAACUACCCUGGCAAGCUCACCAACAGAGGAAAGAGAGGAUGUAGAAGUCAGUGCUCCGUGGGCAGCAGUACAGACAGAGGGUGAUCUUCCAGAUGUGGAUGCUCCUCUGUCCACAGAAGUGUGGAUCGAAGAUCCUGCUGUGUUAGCCUGGAGUCCUGCCCAGGAGACUGAUGUGGUAUCAGCCGAGGGAGUAAUGUGGCCUUUUGCAGAUGCAGGUCAAUUUCAGCCACUCCCACUAGAAAUACCUUAUCAUGAGAUUCUGUGGAGAGACUGGGAAGAUCUCUCUGCCUGCAUGCCAGAGCUGAACCCAGAGAGUGGGUCUCUAUUUGAAUUCAGAGUAAUGUCAUACAACAUUCUGGCCCAGGACCUGAUUGAGCAGUGCCCUCAUCUUUAUAUGCAUUGCCAUCCGGAUACCCUAAACUGGAGCUAUCGUCUUGCAAAUCUCUUACAGGAAAUCCAGCACUGGGAUCCUGAUAUUCUCUGUCUCCAAGAAGUUCAGGAGAAUCACUAUUGGGAGCAGCUGGAGCCAACACUGAUGAUGAUGGGCUUUACCUGCAUCUACAAGAGGCGGACAGGGAGAAAGACAGAUGGUUGUGCAAUCUGUUACAAGCAGAACAAGUUCCAACUGAUCAGCGCUAGCCCUGUUGAAUACUUCCGGCCUGGCUUGGAUAUCCUCAGCAGGGACAAUGUGGGCCUGGUGUUACUGCUACAGCCCUUAUUAACAGAAAGUCCAGGAAACAAGGCAAUCAGCCCUUUGUGUGUGGCAAACACUCAUGUAUUGUACAGCCCCCGUCGGGGAGACAUCAAACUGGCCCAGAUGGCUCUGCUCUUGGCGGAGAUUGACAAAAUUGCAAAACUGACUGAUGGCAGUUACUGCCCCAUCAUCUUGUGUGGGGAUCUGAACUCUGUGCCUGACUCACCACUAUAUAAAUUCAUCCGGAAUGGCCAGUUGUACUAUCAUGGGAUGCCAGCCUGGAAGGUGUCUGGGCAGGAGGAAUUUUGUCAGAACCCACACCAACGGAAAUUGCUGUUUCCUCUGUGGCCCAGCUGCCUGGGUAUAACAGAUGAUUGUCAGUAUAUCACCCUUUGCCAAAGCAAGAAGUCAGACAGACUUAAAUAUAGUCGUGACUUCCUGCUUCAGUUCCGUUACUGUGAUACUGCCUGUGAGCGACCUACAGACUUGAUCCUGUUGGAAGGUGUGACAGAUGCCAUGCCAGACCGUCCUGCAGACUGGCCUAAGGACCUCACUGUAGAGAACAACUCUGAUCCAGAACUGUUUUGUUCAAGGUAUCCGGGCAGUAUUCACCAUGGCCUCACCCUGACCUCAGCUUACAGCCACUUCCUGCCUGAGAGAGGUUGUCCAGAGAUUACAACCAUGCCAAUGGGAGUGGGGGCCACUGUGGAUUAUAUCUUCUACUCAGCAACACCAGUCAAGAAUGAUAAGGAAGAAUAUCGCAGGAUGUACCAGGAUGGAGCCCUAAAGCUGCUUGGCCGCCUCUCCCUUCUCUCUGAAGACAUCCUUUGGUCAGCAAAUGGCUUGCCAAAUCCUUUCUGUUCAUCUGAUCAUCUCUGUCUGCUGGCCAGCUUUGGGCUAGAGAUUUCUGACUUCUAAUCAUGUGCCAGAUCUUCAGGACUCUCUUAAGAGUUGCCUGAAUGGGAAAAUCAUGCUACUGAAGUUUGCAUCAGCGAACGAAAAGAAAAAAAAAAAGGAUCUUUCCCAUCCUUCCCCCUUCCCUAUUUUUGAGAUGUCCUUGUUCUUUUCUCCCUUUUUUUCAUGAGGAAAUAACGAUUUGGUUUACUCUAGAAUUCUGCAAUCUUAGUCUGAGCUUCACUGCCACUUUAUGUCUGCCUAUAGUCUGGCCACUGUACCAUCUUAAAGGGCAUCCUGCCAUCAAACUGGUAGCCUUCUCUAUUUGGUCUUCCUCUGUUUGGAAAGUAUGCUUAGCCAGCACCAGUUAGCAGGGCGUGUCAUGGAGCACCACAAAAAUCUGAACAGAGUCUUCAUGUAAUGUGGGCUACAUACACACACACACACACACACAAACAAACAAACCCUUGCUUUGUGCUGCAGGCAGCAAGGGAUCUCUGUAUUGUUUUCUAUUGCAUUCAAACCAGAGUAAUGGUGAUGGAGUGAUUUAAACUUUUUGAGAGCUGGUGAUAGUGGUGCUAUUGCUGCUGCUGAUCCUGUUUCCAUGGGUAGAUGCUUGUUGAUUGGCACACCCCUCUUGUUUGUUUGGAAAUGAAAUUAAUUCAGCUGGUGUCCCCUGACUACCCAGAAGCUUUUCCAUAGAUUCCCCAGGCAAUUUAAUUUGUUUGCAUGGCAUCAAAGCUUCUUGAAAGCUGCUCUAAUAUCAGAUUAAAAAUUAAUUUUAUUCUC